AUGUGUGAAGGCCAGCAGCUCCGUAGCAGCAGCAGCAGCAACGGUUCGCCCUUGGUCGGCCGGCCAGAGCACCACCAAGACUUUCAUGUCCCGGCGCGGCUGCACCACCCACAGCACCAUCACCACAGUCAUCACGCCUCGGUUAUUUCUUCUUCGGCGGAUGAGGCAGUUGCCGCUCCUGAGUCGCGAGAUGGCAAUAAUACUGUCCACGGCCAGCAUGCGACGACGCACCUUCCCAACCGCGGGACCCUCACUCAUGCCCUCGGCACGCCGGUGCUGACGGCGCUGCACCCGCACCGGCCAUCGACACAACUGUCGCAAAGCCUAGAUCAGAUAGAAGGGCACGCGGCCGUGCUCCUCGGCGGAUCUUCCGAGUCGGAUCCCUGGCUCCUGAGACACUGUCGCUUCGAUGAGCUGGGGCUGCGGACGUUCCACAAGCUUCACUUCCGCCACGCGGGCGGUGUUCCGACCAGCGACAAGAUUCCAGUGCACUUUUUGAUCAGCUCGGAUGAGCUGUGCGAGAGCGCAGCGGGAGAGACGCGUGUUGCUGGAGACAAAGAGCUGCGGGCCGAGCUGGACAUGCUGGUGCCGCCCGCGUACGGCGUGAGGCUUAUACGGCUCUUCCACAGACACGUCUUUCCCAUAAUGCCCAUCGUCUCGCGCACGCAGCUAUGCCUGACACACAUCGACUCGGUACCGGAUCGGGCGACGGUGGAAUCGCUCCCCGUCCACCUCCUCGCCGCCAUGUAUGGUUCAGCGCUUCCCUUUGCCGUCAACGACGACCAGCUUGCCGUACUACACAUCUACGACCAGCUCCCCCUCGAUCGCGUCUGGCGCAUUGUCUACCGCAGCCUGCAAGACAAGCUGCACCGUCCACGUCUCUCGGUGCUGCAAGCCGCACUGCUGUAUCUGCACAAGACGGGCCCCGACCGUCGGCGGUACGCGGCUUCUGACACGGCCUUUGUGUGGUCCUUCAUGGGCACGGUCGUCGGGCUAGCGCACAGUCUGGGCUUACACCUCGAGUGUCGCAUGUUUGGCAUCCCGGCAUGGGAGAAGAGGCUGCGGAGGCGGCUGUGGUGGGCGGUCUACAUCGAGGACAAGUGGCUGUCACUGCUGAUGGGGCGGCCCCCGUAUAUACGGCAGGAUGAGUGGGAUGUUAGUGCCUUGGAUGACGCGGAUUUUGACAUUCACCAUCCGUUGACGUAUGCGAGCGCGUUGCCGGCCAAGUCGGUGGCGGCAUUUCGGGACAUGGCGCGCCUGGCUCUCGUGGCCGACUCUGUGCAGGUGUCUUUAUAUUCCUUGAGAUCAUGCCAAAAGCUCGCCGAGGACUUGCCCGCCUCGAUCCAGGCCGCAAAGCCCCUCUUCGACGCCCUCAACGCAUGGCGCGCCACCGUCCCUGUCCCCGAGCCCUUCCGCUCAGAGAGGCUCGCCAACCUCAACGACGCCGACUCGUACCCGGCAUCCGUCUACUUUGCCUACCUGACGCUCGUCGUGUACGUGUGGCGCGCGCUGCUCCGCCCGACGGUGCGGUCCCUCCCGCCGCCGCAGAUCAUAGAUGUCGACCAGCCGCUGCAGGAGCACCAGGGCCCGCUGCAAGACACGGGGUUCCUCUUCGAGGACUUUAGCUGGGACUUUUCCGACCUGCCGGAGAUUGAGCUGCACCUCGAGGACGACGUUACGGACACGAGCGCCACGGUCAAGGAGCUGCACCAGGCGGCGCAGACGUGGGCCGUCAACCUCGUCAAUUUUACGUGGCACAUGUCGUCGAGCGACUUUGGAGAGUUUUGGUAUUCUUGGUCUCGCAUCAGCUUCGCCGUAGUGUCCAACUUCCUCAUGGUGCUGCUCGUCCAGGCGCCGAGCUCCGAAAACGCCCUCAAGGCGAAACAGAUGCUGGAGAACUGGCGCCGCGUGCUGCGCGACCAGAGCAAGGCGUUCCCGCUGCUGCUGCUCGCCAUGACGCGCCUCAACGGCUUCUACUGGGCCGGCCUGUCGGAGACGUUUUGCCUGCCGCAGCACGUGCAAGAGGUGCUGCAGUGA